CCCACAUUCACGAUACCUCGCCGCACACACACCUGCUGCCACGCGCGCUCUCCAUCUUCGAAUCCUCGACCACACAUCCAGCACAUCCCAUUGUGCUACGACGCAGCGCUUCCACGUCCCCGGCGGACCAAGCCCCCUCGUUGCAACUCGCUGCACCGCGCUCCAGCCUUCGUCGUCCACGAACCAAGCGUCCUCCGGCUCCUUGCUCCGCGCUUCCACCUGCUGGAUCGACUCCGCCCGCCCGCCCACCUUUGCUCAGUGUCUGUCCAGCAGCGGAUCGAUCCUGGGACAUUCGUGCUCAAUCGAAAAAUUACCAUUUCACCUGGCCCGUCGGGAAAUGACUUGAGCAACGCCUCGACCAUUGAUGGCGAUUCGUUUGCCUUGAGUUAGUCCGAUAGAGUCAGCGCGUGGGCUCAGUACCAUGACGAGAGAUGACCGCCACGAUCGCCUCAGCUCCAUCGCGAGCUCCAGCAGCGAUCGAUCCAACGCCACUGUAAUGCCAUCUGCUCCAAGCCGCUCCGCUUCAUCCUCAGGCGCAUCGGGUUCCAAGAAGCUACGAGCCACCCCGCGGCCUCUCAAGAGACCAUCCGAAGUGGGCAAGACGAGGUCCUCGAGAGAAACGACGCAGACAUCCCCAACUUCACCUGCCGACAACUACUCCGCUUUGCCCCCAAUGUCGAAAUCUAGCUCUUAUGAUAGCCGGCGCAUGAGUGACCUUGCCAACUAUCGUCGCGACCUCGCUGUCCUUGAUCAGGGAGGCGGUCGGAUUCCGCAAAUUCAACACAUCCCGCCAACUGGGAUUCCGAAUUCGCAACACAGCAUAGCACCUUGGGUUUCCUCUACGGGUAGCACGUCUGGGUCAGCGCCCUCGACGGGCGUGGGCACAACUUUCUACAACGAUUAUGACUCUGGCGAGAGCAUUGCAUCGCCCGCGCAGAUAUCACCGGCUUUCAGAAAUGCUAAAGGACGACAGCCCUCGGCUGUAGACGGACUCGACAUGUCGCAGUUCAACGAUGAUCGGCGUCCCUCGGUCGCCAGCGUCACUACGGCCAGCAGCCAAGGCUCAAAGAGCAGUGCGUCAAGAGGUGGUUUCAAGAAGCUGCAGGGAUUCUUCGGCGAGGAGUUUCCGGGUCGUGACGGGUCCGAAACAAGCUUACCACAGCCGAGUCAAUCCAGCCAGAAGGAAUCGCGCUCUUACUCCUUUACGCGGCCCAGGCGCGAGAGGAACCACUCCAACGCUACCGAGACCACGAGAGAGCUGUCGCCCGCUUCCUCUCGGCCAAGAACGCCAGUGCCAUCGAGCGAUGUGGUCCCCUUCCUGUAUCAGGAAGCCAAAGAUAUCGCGAAGUAUGGUGAGGCUCCUGUCCGAGAGAUCUUGACUGGGCCCGACCGGGAGCGUUAUGAGAGGGAACAGAACCAAGCACCUCCGAAGACGUCGUCAUCAGGGCGAUCUGGUCAUGCUGGAUCAGGCCCAGGCCACUCUGUGGUAAACAUGUCAUCUGGGCAUCAUUUGCACCGUCACCAGAAAAGCAAUGAGGACACCCACUCUUUGCGACCUGUAGCGAGCAGAGAAGAUUCUCUUAUGACGGUGCCUUAUGGGAAGGAGCGAGGAGCCUCAACAGUGAGCAACUUUGUGCGUUCGCGCGCGCAAAGUCCCACGCCAAGCUUCAACAGUCAGAACAGUCGACUUGCUUCAGUCGAUGGUCAAAUGUCGCCCAAGGAUCACAACGGGAAGCGCAGUCUACUCGACCGAUUCCGACGUCACCCCAAGCACAAUAAUGACGACAGCCAUACCCUCAACCUCAAAGGCUUACCGGGCUCUGUGCGAUCGUUGACUCGUGCUUCGUCAAAGCAGAAUCUGAACGCCCCCCUCCCGUCGCCGUUAGAGAAGCCACUGCCAAACCUAGACUUUGCCGACGUUCCGUCUGCUCAGACCAGAGCUCCUCCGCAGUCGCGUCAAGCUACAUUCAACAACAAGUUUCCCUUCUCCAAGAAAGGCGGUCGUUAUCGGCAUCACGACGAAACCGAGGACCAGAUUGGUCCAACUGACAGAGAUGACCGAGGAAAAGUUUUUACUCUGGAUACGAAUCUCAACGACAUGGAGGGCAUCCUUGCUCAACCGCCGCCUUUGACCCCUAUGGAUCCUUCCAUUUUUACAGGAGGAAACGCCAUGCCGGCAGAGAUGGAAACAGUGCCAGAGUCGGUACCACUGCAACAAAGGGCAGACGGCACGUGGAACGCGCCCGACAGUUGGGGUGUGCGAAGGAAUGCAGAGGAGCGAGAUCCUCAUGUACCAGAACAUGAUGAUGUCGGUACCCCGCCUCGCCCAGAGGAGAAACACGCGCCUCAUUGCAUUCGUGUCUUCCGCUCAGACGGUACUUUCGCCACGGUUCAACUGCCGCUCACUGCCACUGUGCAGGACGUCAUGGCCAACGUCGUGCGGAAGACAUACGUGACAGAAGGGUUGGAGAAUUACCACAUUGUGCUCAGGAAACAUGACUUGUCGCGCGUCUUGAGCGCCCCUGAGCGCCCACUGCUCAUUCAAAAGAGGCUGCUGCAGCAGAUGGGAUACGAGGAAAAGGAUCGGCUUGAAGAGAUCGGACGCGAGGAUAACGGCUAUUUGUGUCGGUUCCUCUUCCUGUCAGCCAGAGACAGCGACUUUACGGGCGCUCACCACGACUUGGGGCUGCAGAAACUGACCAAGUUCAACCACAUCGACUUAUCCGGGCGCAACCUUAUCACCAUCCCUAUCACUCUCUAUUCCAAAGCUGCGGAUAUCAUCUCACUGAACCUCUCACGGAACUUGUCACUCGAUCUACCGCGCGACUUCAUACAUGCCUGUCAGCAGCUGCGCGAUAUCAAAUAUGCCAACAAUGAGGCACGCAAGCUCCCGAUCAGCAUCGGACGAGCUGGUCGCCUGACAUACCUCGAUGUGUCAAACAACCGCCUUGAGGAGGUUGACCACGCAGAUCUUGGGCGGUUGCGCGGCCUGCUGAAGCUCUCACUUGCAAACAACCGCCUCAAGAGUCUCCCUGAAGAGUUUGGAGCAUUCAGAUCGCUUCGGACACUUAACUUGUCUUCAAAUUUUCUCGACCAAUUCCCCCCCUUCCUUUGCGAGCUCGAAGCUCUCGUUGACAUUGACGUCAGCUUCAACUCGAUUGCCAGCCUCCCCGACCAAGUGGGAAACCUCAAGAACCUCGAAAAGUUCGUCAUGACAAAUAACAGGCUGUCUGGAACAUUGCCAUCUACUUUCAGCCUCCUCAUGAACAUUCGUGAGCUUGACAUCAAAUUCAAUCAGCUCACUGCAAUUGAUGUAAUCUCGGAACUUCCCAAGCUGGAGACGUUGUCUGCCGACCACAAUAUGGUAUCUCAAUUUGUUGGCAGUUUUGAGCGAGUGAGGACGCUCAAGCUCAACUCGAACCCGAUCACAAAGUUUGAGCUUGUCGGACCCGUGCAUACACUGAAGGUAUUAAACCUUUCCAAUGCACAGUUAGCCAGCAUCGACGGUUCGUUCAACAACAUGCCCAAUCUGGAACGCCUGAUCCUGGACCGGAACUAUUUCGUCUCGCUCCCAAACCAUAUCGGCAACAUGAGAAGACUUGAGCACUUCAGCAUUGCCAACAAUUCAGUCGGCGAGCUCCCUCCUGAGAUUGGCUGCCUUACGGAGCUGCGAGUACUCGAUGUCCGAGGCAACAAUAUUAGGAAACUGCCAAUGGAGCUGUGGUGGGCCAACAAACUUGAAACGCUCAAUGCGUCCUCCAACGUUCUCGACAACUUCCCGAAGCCUGCUUCGCGUCCUCCGCAGAUGCCCAAUGAUCCUUCGCAAACUCCAAGCUCAAACGGAAUUGUCAAGCAGUCGACCGAGACCCUCUCACACACGUCAUCGAUGGAGGAACUCCUUCCAGACGGUACUCGGCGACCAAGCCAUUCCUCCAGUACCCUGCUUAGUGUCGGUCCAUCCCCGGUCCCUGCUGGGCCCGACCGUAAGAGCUCAGUGGUGUCAGUGUAUGGCAAAGGUGGUCGCAAGACCUCUGUUGUGUCUCGGAGCACAAAUGGCAGCACUAAUGGCACGAUCACUGCGGCUCCAGCAACUAGGAAGGACUCUGGACUCUCUGGCCGGCUUACCAACACCUUUGCAGGCUCCCUCAAGAACUUGUAUCUCGCUGACAAUCAGCUUGACGACGAUGCGUUUGACCAGGUUAUGCUUCUAAGCGAGCUUCGGAUUCUAAACAUGUCUUACAAUGACCUCAGCGAUAUGCCUCAGCGAUGCAUCAAGAGCUGGCCUCAGCUUGUUGAGCUGUACCUGUCCGGCAAUGACUUGACAAGCUUGCCCGUUGAUGAUCUCGAAGAAUUCAGCCUGUUGCAGGUUCUGCACAUCAACAACAAUAAGUUCACGAACCUCCCGGCGGACAUUUCGCGAGCCAAGAAACUUGCGGUCCUUGACUGCGGCAACAACUCGUUGAAGUACAACAUCGCGAACGUACCAUAUGACUGGAAUUGGAAUCUGAAUCCCAACUUAAGGUACCUCAAUCUCUCUGGCAACAAGAGACUUGAGAUCAAACAACAGGGUACCAGUCUCACGGGACCGAGUCGCGAUGAGCAGUACACCGACUUCAACAGGCUGCUCAAUCUCCGAGUGCUUGGUUUAAUGGACGUCACAUUGACUCAGCCGAGCAUUCCUGACCAGAGUGAGGACCGUCGUGUACGAACGUCAGGAUCGCUAGCUGGACAUCUUCCGUACGGGAUGGCGGACACUCUGGGCCGGAAUGAACAUUUAUCAACAGUGGACUUGGUCGUACCACGAUUCAAUUCUUCAGAUUCUGAGACACUUCUUGGGCUGUUUGACGGUCAGGCACUCUCGAGUGGUGGCUCCAAGAUCGCCAAGUAUCUUCAUGAGAACUUCGGACGCAUCUUCACCACCGAACUGAAAGCUCUCAAGACUCGUCAGAAUGAGGGACCCGUCGAUGCUCUUCGACGGGCCUUCCUCAGUCUCAACAAAGAUCUUGUCACACUUGCUCUGGAACACGGCGGCAAGCGCCCGAUGACUUCGCGCGGGACAGCAUCUGUUGCUUUGAGCAAGGAGGAUCUCAACUCGGGUGGAGUCGCCACUGUGGCAUAUUUGCAAGCGCAAGACCUAUAUGUUGCCAACGUUGGUGAUGCGCAGGCAAUGCUGAUCCAGUCUGAUGGAUCACACCGUAUUCUGACACAUAAGCAUGAUCCGGCUGAGCCGACCGAGCGCCAACGUAUACGGGACGCUGGUGGAUGGGUUUCCCGUCAAGGCAAAUUGAACGAUCAGCUCGAGGUUUCUCGUGCCUUUGGCUUUGUGGACUUGAUGCCUGCAGUUCAAGCAGCGCCCUACAUUACCAAGGCGACAAUCGGUGCACAGGACGAGACUCUCCUGAUCGCAACAAAAGAGCUCUGGGAAUACAUAACACCUGGACUUGUUGUCGACGUCGCGAGGCAAGAAAGAGGCGAUCUGAUGCGUGCGUCUCAAAAGCUCAGAGAUCUGACGAUGGCCUAUGGCUCAACUGGCAAGAUCAUGAUCAUGAUGAUCAGUGUUGCAGAUCUCAAGCGACGCCAGGAGCGAUCCGCUCGUCUGCAUCGGGGCCAGAGCAUGUCGCUGUACCCAUCCGGCAUUCCCGAUGAGUUCCAGUACGUCCCGAAGCGUGGUCGAAAGCCUAAGGGCGAGGUCCAAGAUUCGACAUUGCACAGACUCGAGGCCGAGGUGCCUGCGCCGACAGAGAAGCCGUCGAUCGCCUUCACAGAUAUCAAGAAUUCCACCAAUCUGUGGGAGAUGUACCCGUCCGCCAUGCGAUCAGCAAUCAAACUGCACAACGAGGUUAUGCGUCGACAGCUUCGGCGGAUUGGUGGAUAUGAAGUCAAGACCGAAGGUGACGCAUUCAUGGUCUCCUUCCCCACUGCUACAUCCGCGCUGCUGUGGUGUUUUGCGGUUCAGACGCAGCUGCUUGAGGUGAACUGGCCUCCCGAGAUUCUCAACUCCGUCUCCGCUCAGGAAGUCUAUGACAAGGACAACAAUCUCAUCUUCAAAGGUCUAUCUGUAAGGAUGGGAAUCCAUUUUGGUGAACCCGUGGCCGAGAUCGAUCCGGUGACGCGGCGAAUGGACUAUUUUGGCCCGAUGGUCAACAAGGCCUCUCGUAUCUCGGCUGUGGCUGACGGGGGCCAAAUCACGGUGUCGGCAGACUUCAUCUCUGAGAUCCAACGCUGUCUUGAGACCUACCAGGAGAAUGAACGCAACAGCUCUGUGGGUUCUGAGGACACGUUUGACGACGACGCCACCGCCAUGGUGAUUAGGAAAGAGCUCAAAUCGCUCAGCUCGCAAGGAUUCGAAGUCAAGGAGAUGGGCGAAAAGAAGCUCAAGGGACUUGAAAACCCCGAAUUCAUCUACUCGCUGUACCCCCACGUGUUGGCAGGCAGAAUCGAGUACCAUAACCAGCAGGCAGUUGCUGCUCCAGAACCAGGCAAGCCCACCCAACUUCGACCUGGUGUUGAACUGGGCUUUGACCCCGAAGUUGUCUGGGCCGUCUGGAAGAUCAGCCUUCGCCUGGAGAUGCUGUGCAGUACACUUGAGGAGGCUUCUGGCAGCCAGCUGCAGCCACCAGAGACCGAAUGGCUGGAUCGUGUACGGUCACGAGGUGGCGAGGUUUCUGAGCAAGCCAUCACUUUGUUCCUAGAGCACCAAGUGAGCCGUAUCGAGACGUGCGUCUCCACCUUGUCGAUGCGCCACAUUGCUGCUGGCGGCGGCCAGAUCAACCAUCUCGAGGAGCUGCGUGCUCCCAUGUCACAGAUACUGGAUAACCUGGCUUCUCAGCUGGCCGAGCUCGAACGGUACAAGGCCAAGUUUGGACCUAUUGACGACUAUGACGACGAAGACACGGAAAGCGAUACCGCUUGAACGCGUGUAACAUCAUAUACCCGCAUGAUUUAGGGGAGUCUCGAUUGUUUUGGGCCGCACACGCCCCACUAUAUAUAGCAGAACAAUAAUUACAGCGCGAGCAGCGUGCUUCCAUGCAGAAUGGCUGUACAGGCCGUAGAGCGAGGGCUCUAGAUUUCCAGGGUUCGGCGAUAUCAGGGUGUAUCCCACUACAAAGGGGUUGAUGACCAUUGGAGAGACGGCGUUUUCGGGAAUUCCUUUUCCUCCCUUUUCGGCGCGUCUAGAUCCAUUUUGGGAUAUCAAUGGUGUGGCACACCCAUGGCUGUUCUUUUUCUUUUCUUGUCGGGAUAGCCCUUGUUGCGAUUGCAUUCGAAGGGUAGCAGGACGGGGACAAGAAACGCUGGCACGACUUCCCUAUGAAGAUAACUAUAUUGAACCUAAUUUUGAACAUGACGACAUGAGAUGGUGCUGCUUGGAGUCCUCGUGCCCUGCUGUCGUCUCGUGCUGCCAUCAAAGACGA